CUCCCUUGCAAAAAUUCCCCAGAAACCCCUCACCCAAAACAUCCAACCAUGCCGAAACCCAAAGUCCUCCACCUGGGCGACCCCAUCCAAUACAACCACGACCUCUACGCCCGCUUCGCCGCCAACUUCGACGUGAUCCGGCCCCUGACCGCCGAGCGCGCCCGCCCGGAAUUCAAGCGCGCACUGCAGGAGCGCCGGUGGGGCAGCUUUGACGCGAUCCUCCGGCCCUUCUGGAACACGGGCGGCGAGAUGGGCAACUGGGACGAGGAGCUGAUCGAGUUGCUGCCGGAGACGGUCAAGAUCAUCGCCAGCGCGGGGGCCGGGUAUGACUGGGUGGAUGUGGAGUGUUUAGCGAGAUACGGAAUAACCUACUGCAACGGUGCCGCGGCGUCCAGCGAAUCCGUCGCCGACGCCACGCUCUUCCUCAUACUCUCCGUCUUCCGAAACCUGCGGUGGUCGCACGCGGCCGCGCACAGCCUCUCGCCGGUCGCCUUCCACGACGCGCACACGCACUCGCCGCUCACAGCGCGGAACCCCUCCACCCAGACGCUGGGGAUCGUCGGCCUGGGGGCGAUCGGGCUCACGAUCGCGCGGAAAGCCCGCGCCGCGUUCCCGGGGAUGCGGAUCGUGUACCACGAUCUCGUGCGCAAGGCGCCCGAGGUGGAGGGGAGUAUCAACGCGACCUUCAGCGAGACGCUGGACGGCGUGCUGGGGCAGGCGGACUGCGUGGUGCUCGCGACGCCGUUCGCGGGGCGCACCGUGAUUGACGGGCCCACGCUCCGCAAGUUCAAGAAAGGGGGGAGGUUGGUGAAUAUCGCGCGGGGCGGGUUGGUGGAUGAGGAGGCGCUGGUGCAGGCGUUGGAGGAAGGGCGGAUCAGUGCGGUGGGGAUGGAUGUGCACGCCCGGGAGCCGGCGGUGCAUCCGCGGUUGGCGACGGAUCGGCGGGUGAUGAUGCUCAGCCAUAAUGCCGGGGGCACGGUGGAUACGCAUGUGGGCUUUGAGCGGUUGGCGAUGGAGAAUGUGCUCGGGUUUUUGCUGCGGGGGAAGGCUCUGACGCCGGUGAAUGCGCAUUUGAUACAGAGUGAGAAGGGUGAGAAGGUGAGGAGUUUGUUGUGA